UUUGUGUGUUAUUUCUAUUACAAGAAAGAAUUGAAUUCCAUUCCGCUGAAUUGUGAAUCAGAAAAUGGGUUAUUCAGAUCAGGUCGUAGGUUUCGCCCCUUCCAUAGGACUUUAUCCUGUAUCUCAUAAAAAUGUUUGUUGUAAUAAUACCCCUACAAAGUUUGCAAAAUCUACUACUUUUAUGGGAAGAACAUAUUUGAGUUGUAGAUCAUGCCCUACUUCUUCUUGGAGCAAACAGGACGGUGCUCCAGGUCAUAAGAUGAGGGGAGGUCCCUACAUGGUUGCUUCUAAGACAGACUUGGAACAAAGAGUGAGAACAAGGCUUAUAAAGCUGUUUGAGCAAACUCCUUGUAUGCCCAUUAUGGUGAGACUAGCGUGGCACGAUGCGGGAACCUAUGAUGCACAAACGGGUACUGGUGGAGUGAACGGAUCCAUUCGAUUCGAACCGGAAUUGAAACACGGGGCAAACAAUGGAUUGAAAAUAGCGUUUGAUUUACUGGAGCCUAUCAAAAAGGAAUACCCAGAUAUAGGCUAUGCUGAUCUUUUUCAACUGGCUAGUGUAACUGCUAUUGAAUUUGCCAAAGGUCCCAAGAUUCCUUUCCGAAUGGGUCGCAAGGAUGCCACUGGACCCGAUUCUUGUCCAGAGGAGGGAAGGCUUCCUAAUGCAGAAGAUCACUUAUCACAGUUACGAAGAACCUUUCAUCGAAUGGGUUUAACAGAUAAAGAUAUCACUGUGCUGAGUGGCGCACAUACCUUGGGUCGUUGUCACAAGGAGCGUUCAGGUUACGAAGGUCCUUGGACACACCAGCCUUUGGAAUUUGAUAAUUCUUAUUUCGUUGAAAUUUUGAAACCGGAUCCAGAUCCAGGUUUGCUUCGCUUGGCUUCUGAUUUAUCUUUGUUGGAAGAUAGUUACACUCGUAAUUUGGUUGAGACUUAUGCGGCAAAUAAGGAUAUAUUUUUCAAAGACUAUACCGAGUCGCAUCACAAGCUAAGUGAACUUGGAGCUGUAUGGGAAUAUUGAACCAUUUGAUAUGCAUAUCUAUGGUUGGAUAAAUAGAACGAUAUGUGUUUGAAUAUGAGGGAUGAUAGUGAUUAGUGUGUGUUUGUGUUUGUGUGUGUUUGAAUUUCCAGAAGCCAAUGAAAAUCUGAUUUGAUGAAUGCCAAGUUUCAUUUCUUC